AUGAGUAGAGCACUUAAGCUCUCUAGGAAGCUAAAGGCAAUACUAGCAGCUAAACCUAAGAUUGCAUAAGGAUCAUUUAAAGACGAAGAAUUAACUUAUAAACCUAAAAAUGAUAAUAAAAAUGGUGGCUUUACAAUCAAUACAAUUCCUAUAAAACUUGUAAUUAUUGAGCUAAUCACACUUGGUUAAAGCUUCUCUUUAAGCCAUAUGCUAGCAAGUAAAGAUGUCCAUAUUGGGCUUGUUAAGAAAAUAGCUUAAGCAUCACCUAGAUUCAGCAAUUUGAUUCCUUAGUAAUAGCAUACAUGGGCAAUACCACCAAACACACAUCUCAUCAUCAAAAGUUUAAAUAUUUCUUUAUUUUGUGGAUAAAUAUCAUGCUUUCCUAUUUUUAUUAUGAAGGUGUUCAGUACCAUAGAUAUAAUGCACCUGAAAUAUAAUAUCUAUGUUGCUGAUAUACCAUGA